UACUGUUAUCAUUGGAAAGUUCAUGAUGUUGCUCUUAAUUUUGGUGUUGUUUGGAAUUCCCGAAUAUCGCUACUGCGCACCAGCUUAUAUCGAUCCUGACACUAUCAUAAAACCUGAACAUAUUCAACGGGAUGUUUUCGAGCUGAAAGAUGAUGUCACAAGGGCUCUGGAUCCUAGACCACCACCGGAAGUGUCCGAUCAGGAUGCACAGGAAUUUCUUAAUGAUCUUGGCUUUUUGAAUGGAACCUACCCGUCAGAUGAAAUUUUGACGCGAGCUGAUCACAUUGAUGGAGACGCGAUCGCUACUGCGCUGAAACAGUUUCAGAAGCUUUAUCAGCUGCCCGAAUCCGGGUUACUGGAUGACGACACCAGGCGUCUCAUUGCGGCUCCUCGUUGUGGCCUAGCCGAGUUGAACAUAGUACCUGACAGGUGGACAAAACAAUUGCUAACGUACAAGAUCAGAAGCUUUCCAGCGAACUUUGAUCCGUCAACGGCACGGCACCUCAUCAGGCAAGCGUUUCAGCAGUGGAGCCAGCAUGCCAAUUUGAACAUUGUUGAAGUUUCGGGAGCUUCUGCCGAUAUCUAUGUCAGUGAUGAACCAGCCCUGCACCGCGAUCGUUUGGGACAACAGUGCAUUUUCAACCGGAACACUACGCUGGCACAUGCCUUCUUUCCGGAGGUCGGUGAUAUUCACUUCAACCGAGAUCGGAUCUAUUCGGAGGAAGAAUUUCUCAGUGCUACCAUGCACGAAAUCGGUCACUCGUUGGGUCUCGAUCACAGCAUUUCCAAGUCGUCAAUCAUGUUUCCAAUGCACAUUAGGUAUCACACGGAGAUUCCCGAAGAGGAUCGCGCAGCACUUCAAGCCUUGUAUGGAACCCGGCGGAUUUUCAAACAAAGUAUUCCUUCCGCUACCACGAAAAACACAUUGAAACCACCUAAACUAUGUUCACUGGAAAAAAUCGAUACUAUUUUGAACGACUAUCAUGGUCAGAUAUACAUUUUCGCGGGGGAAUAUUACUUCGCGUUGGGCGAACGAAAUCCAACGGGACGCCCAAUUUCCACCAAAUGGCCGAGACUUCCAGCAAACAUCGACGCUGCCUUCACCUGCCGGAAUAGGAAGACAUUUUUCUUCAAAGGCAGUAAACUUUGGGUUUAUGCAGACAAUCAACUGGAGGCAGGUUAUCCGAAGCUGAUUGCGGAUGAGCUACCCGGGCUGCCGAAUCAUCUGAAUGCAGUGUACGUCACGAAAGCCGGUAGUAUUCUGGCGAUCCGGAAGAAGCAUUACUGGUUCUACAACCCGAACAAGCGACCGCAAGUGAGCUCUCAUUUUCCCCGGUUGAUUUACGACUUCAAGAAUAUGCCACCGAACAUGGAUGCGGCAUUGUUCCACACCGACGGAAGUGUUUAUUUCUUUAAAAAUCGGGAAUAUUUUACCAUGGAUAUGACAAAUUUUACUGUGAGUGCUGGUAGUCCACUUGAGGAUAAGUGGUUCAACUGUUAAACAUUGACAAACGCUGUGAUUGUCAAACUCGAUCAAUUUAGUAUGUGUUGCUAAUGUAGGAGUCCAGUUUUUUUCGACAUCUAGUAUGGACGCUAAAUAGAGUUGAAUUUCAAUUCAAUUCAAACAAUUGUUUCAAUGCUCUUCAAUUAUUAAUCUGAUAAAAUAAGCUCUUAUGCGAAUAAAAUAAACCAUAAGAUACUUCACUAUUCGACGUUCCUCUAAAUUAAAACAAUACGUUUAAUUACCCAACCAGAAGAUCUUUAAGGAAAAUAAAGAUUUUG